AUGUCGCGUAUGACUGCCGCCCAGAUCAUUUCCAUAGGCGAAUACCUCAAUCCUGACUUCGAUCCAUCGUCUCUCACGGUCCCUCAGCUCCUAGGCGUGUUUGGAUACCACAAUGUCAACUACCCCUCUCAACACACGAAGGCUAAGCUUGUCCAACUAUUUAACGAGGAAAUAAAGCCAAAAGUAGGCAAAUUUAAGAAGGAAAGGCUGAAACGAGAAAAUAGCCAGGCCAGUGACGACGGAAUAAAGGACGGUAUUACUGGAAAACCCAUCAGUGAGAGCAAGAAGCCAGUACGAAGAUCAUCUAGAAGAUCGUCACAAGCACCUGUUCAAGCGCAAGAGCCAGAUCUUGAGCCUGCUGCAUCUAAACGUCGUAGGUCUUCUGCGCAACCAUCCCUAGGCGGUCCCUCUAGGAGGAAGACCGCGAAACCUGCUGAACCUGUCGUGAUUGAAGAGAGUGAGCCGGAAGAGGAUAUUGUUAUCCGUAAAGUCAGCCGGAGCAAGAAGAGUACAACAGAUGCGGCUACGCAAGCUCGUCGUAUCUCACAAGCAUUUGCGGAAGACUCUGGUUGGGAAGAUAACAAUGUUUUCCAGUCCGGUGCUGAAUCGUCCUCUCCUCUCCGCCCGUCUCCAGUCCGUACUCGCCAACGUCGCACCAGCGUCGCCUCCCGAUUGCCCGUGAAAUCUCGUAAAUCUAUGUCCGCUCCACCGCAGUACGAGCAGGCGUCUCCGGAGAAGGGAAAGCAGCCGGAGAUACUUAAGGAACGCGCACGGAGCAUAAAACCUCCCUCGAGUAGAUUUGAACCUCGUCUACCGCCUGGAAUCGCGCGAGAAACCCGGGCAACGACCUCGAGAGCCACCCGUACUCCUGGUCCAGAGCUGUCGGACGAGAGGAAGAUUAUUGUUAUUCCCGACGAUGUGAAGGAGGAGGAGGAGGUCUCGGACAUGGAGAUGAAGGAACUGGAAGCUCUCCGCCAAUCGAUAACGGGGCCAACCUUGGAGCCGCUAGAGGUUCCAGACGUUAUUCAGGAAGAAGCUGUGGUUGCUGAGGACGAUGAUGGCGAGGAUGGCGAGUUACAAGAAGAAGUUGCUGCUGUAUCGCAACGGAUAUCAGAAGGUGGGCGCAUCGUCUCACGAGAACGCCCAUCCGGUCCGGGUCCAGCGUCAUUGCUAUUGCGUGUCAUGCUCGUACUACUGGCGCUAGGAGGUUCAGGCCUUUUCUAUGGACACAAGCGUGAGUCUGCGCAAAUCGGUUUCUGCGAGGCUGGGAAGUCGAGCAAUGUCAUCCUUGAUGCUCUUAGGGCGCGCAGGGCGGCAAUCGAAAGUUGCAACGAGCAUAAUCGAACAUCACUGUAUCCUCCAGAUUCCACUCUGCCAGUGUCCUUUGCGGAGCCGACACCAACGCCCCAGUCGUCGUCGGGUACCCAAGAUGGUGCAGUAUAUAUGAGUGACGCGGAGUUGUGUCCCCCUCUCCCGCUUCUCCCACUACCGCAAGCCGAUGCUUGUACACCGUGCCCUCGUCAUGCAACAUGCGUGCCAGAUAUCGUAACAUGUGACAGCGGGUAUGUGCUCAAGUCACACCCUCUGCUUUCUUUCAUGCCCGUACCUGGCACAGCGCCCCUAUCCUCCCCAUCCUCGAGAUAUCUGACUACUUUCACGCGUCCCGGGAGCAUUCUCUCUCCGAGUGCAGAUCUCCCAGAACUUGUGUACUCGGCAGUUUCGAUGGUUCUUGACGGCGUCCCGGGCAUUGGACCUGUCGCUUUUCCUCCGCGUUGUGUGGAAGACCCUAGGCGCAGACGUCACAUUGGUGUCCUAGGCAAAGCUGUAGAGGCGCUGCUUGCCUCUGAGCGUGGCCGUCGACUUUGUGAGGGCGUGGGCGUGGGUGAGCCGGAGGGCGACGAUAUUUCUGAAGCUAAGAAAUGGGGCCUUGAGCUGGAACGGCUGAAGGAGGAUUUAAGACGCAAGACUGCGCCAAACCUAUUGCCAACGCUGGAUGACACGUUCAAUGAAGCCAUCCAGCAAUUGCUGAACUGGGGUGGUGUUUUCAUGGGCGAAGAUGCAGAUGGAAAGCGCUUCUUGGCUCAUCGGACACCUUCCAUGAGCUGGGACUGCGCCCUCAAAGUGAAAGCUCGAGACGCAUGGGAGGAGUGGCGGAGUUCUGUCGUUGGUAGCGCGGUGUUGAUACUGAGCAUAUUGGGGCUGAGGCGCCGGAGGGCCCAGAACACGGCUGAGAACGAACGGGUCGCAGCCCUAGUUCAAGUGGCGCUGGACCUGCUCCGGAACCAAGAGCUCGCACACCACACGGAUCCUGUCACGGCGCCACAUCCGUACCUCUCGUCUCUGCAGCUGCGUGACCUGAUUUUGCAGGACGAGCAUUCGGUGCGCGUGCGGCAACGAUUGUGGACGCGCGUGGAGCGGGUGGUCGAGAGCAACGCUAACGUGCGCACCAAUCUCGAAGAGGUGAAAGGGGGGGACGAACUAAGGGUGUGGAGGUGGGUGGGAAGCGCGGGCGCGAUCGGGCCUGCGUCUGGGGCGAAGGACGAGAAUCUGCGGAUCGCUGCCUGA